AUGCUCGAGCAGGUCACUGGGUCGCUGCAUGUCAGCUUUACCGAGAUCCUCGCCCUAUUCGCCGCCACCUGGCUGGGUUGGUUCGUCAUCUCGACCCUCACCGCAUACAACAGACUCCGACAUAUUCCUGGCCCACCGCUGGCCGCCUUCACAAACUGGUGGUGGAUCAAAGCUGCAAUCUCGGGGGAAGGGCAUCUGACCCUGAAACAUGCGUGCGAUCGUUAUGGAACUAUUGCUAGAAUCAGCCCGUACAUGGUGGUGACCUCGGAUCUAGAACUGUACCGGAAAGCAAAUGCGCACAGGAUCAAUGACUACUCCCGGGGCCCGUGGUACAAGGCGUUCAAGAUGGACGCUGAGCGAGAGAACCUUUUCACCGAGCUCAAUGACGAGAAACACUCUCUGAUGCGUGCAAAGCUUUCUCCUGGGUACUCGGGCAAGGAUAACCCGGAAUGUGAGCCCAGUAUCGACCAGAUGGUCAUGGAUGUCAUACACUUGAUCAAGCGGAAAUACCUCUCGGUGGGGUCUAACAUCAGGCCGCUGGACUGGGCUCAGCUGGCACAAUACUUCACCCUGGACGUGAUCACAUAUCUGUCCCUCGGAGAAGCAUUCGGGUUUGUCUCUGACGACACCGACAAAUACACCUAUGUGAAGUCCAUGGAGGACAAUUUUCCCAUCAUGAACGUCUUUUCAGCAGUGCCGCUGCUGUCCGCCAUCGCGAGGAUCCCCACAGUCCAGGCCAAUCUUGUGCCUUCACCAAAAGAGAAGACCGGGUUAGGCAAGGUCAAAGCGGUUGCCCGGCAGAUCAUAGCUGGCCGUUUCUCCGGAGAGAAGGCAGGACGCUACGACAUGGUCACUUCGUUCAAGAACCAUGGCUUGUCAGAACUCGAGAUCUCGGACGAGUCGCUGUUCCAGCUUCUGGCAGGCUCCGACACAACGGCGACCAUCGUUCGUACUGGCUUUCUCUCAGUCUUGUCGAACCCGCAUGUUUACCGAAAGCUCCAAGCGGAGGCAGCGGCAACCGAUAUACCCAUGGGCAAGAUCAUCUCCUACUCUCAAGCGCUAAGACUACCGUACCUGCAAGCUUGCAUCAAGGAGGCUCUGCGGCAGCACCCAGCUGCAGCCGGCUUACUCCCUCGAGUUGUCGGCGCCCAAGGUGAUACACACAAUGGCGUUUACCUUCCUCCCGGCACCGAGGUCGCCUUUUGCGCCUGGAACAUGCACCGCCACAACACAGAAGUGUACGGCGCAGACGCCGAGAUCUUCCGACCUGAGCGCUGGCUCGAGGCUUCUCCUGAGCGCUUAGCAGUCAUGGAAGAGGCACACCACCUCGUCUUCGGCAAUGGCAGGUUUCGGUGCAUGGGCGAGAACAUUGCACGGUUGGAGCUGAACAAAAUUUUCUUCGAGACGAUCCGGAGGUUCGAUUGGAGCUUGGUUGAUCCCGUGAAUCCGAUCAAGAAGAACACGAAUUACGGGUUGUUCGUGCAGAAAGGCAUGCUUGUCAGGGUGAGCGAACUGGAAAGCUAA